AUGGCAUCGCAACCCGCCAAGUGCAGCAACCCUGAAUGCCCAACUCCAGUCUCGGAGUCGGAGUCCCCCUCGCUCCAGCGCUGCAGCCGCUGCCGGACAAUAUCCUACUGCUCGCGGGACUGCCAAGUAGCACACUGGUCCGUCCACAAGCCGGCUUGCACCCGCCCCAACUACAUCAUCCAAUUCCACCUGCACCCGGAGCACAUCGACAACCCGUCCGUAAUCCGGACCCUCUCCUGUCCGGCCAACGCCACCUUCUACCAGCUGCACCAGGCGCUGCAGGCCGCGUUUGGCUGGGCGUCGUCGACCCGGAAUAUGACGUGA